ACACACAUGCAAAAGACCAGCCAAUCAUAACUAUAAAUGGGCCGGCAACCUCGCUGAUCAUCACUCAUCUCGAGACAGAAGUCCAGACGACUCUCAAACAGCUCGGCUGAUCAUCGCACCUCCGUCAGCUACUCUUCCGAUCUGCAAGGAUGUCUGAGACCAUUAAACUGUCUGCUCUGGGUCAGCCCUUCACCUUGGGGAUGCUCUAUAAUGCCUGCAAAGAUGAAUUAGUCCCAGGUUUCACUCUUUGGGACAAAGCCGCUUUAGAAGGCCAGACUAGUACUUCGACUCAAAAAAGCAGUUCCUUUCAAAUUACAGCCUCGGACACCAUCGAAUCGAGGUCUUCUAUGUUGGAUGUGGAAGCUUCUCUGAGUAUGAGUUUUUUAGGUGGCUUGGUCGAAGUUGGAGGUUCUGCCAAGUACUUGAAUAGCCAGAAGAAAUUCAAGAACCAGAGCAGGGUCACUUUUCAGUAUAAAGCUACCACCACCUUUAAGCAACUGUCUCUUCCUGCUCUUGGAGCGCUAACCAGCGAACAGAAAAAAAUAAUCGAGGAUGGCAAAGCCACUCAUUUGGUCACAGGUAUCCUGUACGGGGCAAAUGCAGUCUUUGUCUUUGACAGCGAGAAGUUGGAGGCGAGCAGUGUUCAAGAUAUUCAAGGUAACAUGCAGGCUGUGAUCAAGAAGAUUCCUACAUUUGUAAUUGAAGGAAGUGCCCAGAUAAAGCUGUCUGAAGAAGAGCAGAAUCUGACCAACAAGUUCACCUGCACGUUCUUCGGGGAUCUCAUUCUUGAAAGAAACCCCUCCAACUUUGCCCAAGCGGUGGAGACCUACUGUGAGCUUCCGUCGCUCUUGUUGGAUUUGGACAACAACGCUCCCGUGGUUGUCUGGCUGUAUCCUCUGUCGGCGCUCUACGACAAAGCUGCCGUGCUGGUCAAAGACCUCAGCGUCUCACUAUCGAGAAAAAUUCACCAAGCUAUGGAAGAAGGAAGUGAAGUGAAAAUGAGAUGCAACGAUUGUUUGUUCAGCAGCGCCUCGCAAAUGUUUCCCAUCAUACGAAAGAACGUGAGCAGUUUCCAAAAAAUUGUCUCGUUUUACAAAGCUGCACUGCAACUGGCCAUGUCCAAGAAGCUUCCUUUAAUCCGCGACGGGGCAGAAGACGAGAGCUCUUUAGCAAAAGUCUUCGAUGAUCGUGAAAGUUCUCCAUUCCGUCAAGAGCACCUUCAAACAUGGUUGACCUCCAAAGAACGAGACAUCAAUAUCAUCGAGUCUUGCGUGAACAUGAUGAUGGAAGAAUCAAACGCUUACGUGGUGCGCACUAAAUCAGAAUUGGAUCGAGUGGUCUUGUCUGGGGGUGUCACAAAUGUUCUUUGCUAUGUUUUCACCAACUUGGAUGAGAAUGACUCCUGCCUUGAGAUCAUGUCCAAAUACUUGGACACGUUCAAACCCGGAGGAACCACCGGAAUGUACACGUCCUUCCCCAAGGACGUGGUCAUCCGAAUGAGAGAAAAUGUCCAAAAGUUCCUUAAAUAUGCCAAACCUCUGCGGAAUUCCAGUAAUGUCAAGUUUCUUAUAACCGAUGAAAAUGAUAAAUACAAGGGAUCUUCCAUCUACCAUUACAAAGACGGCUUUCUGGAUACCGACAACUUUACAGUGCCCGCCGUCCCACCGGUAAAGACCAUCACGGACAGAAAUUACGUCAUCUGGCAUGCUGUCAAACUCACCUUGGACAAAGAUACCGUCAACAAAAAUCUGAGUUUGUCAGAAGAGAAUCAGAAGGUCACAUACGGAAGCGUCAGGACGUAUCCCGCUAACACGAAAUCUAUUUCGCUUCGCACGGCAAGGCUUCACCAUUGAAGGUGUUUUAAACGCAGUUAUUUGUUGUUGAGUAUUGGCACUUGGUUAAUAAGACAUUGAUUGCUUUUUUUGGUUCAUCCUCAUAACACUCAAGUUUGCAGUCAAAUCAUUUGGGCGAGGAAAAAUGCCAAGAAUGUGAAGAAAUUACGGAUGUGAUUCGAUUCAAACUUAUUUCGAUUUCAAUACAUGAAUUUUUGGAAAAAGAAGAACCUUCAGAUUAUAUUCAAUUGUACUUUUUGCGGAUUGUCUUAUUGUGGUUUUGGCUCGGAACAUGUGUUCCAUUUAGUUAACAGCUAAUGAAUGCUUUGCUUGAUGAGCGGCCUUGGCAAAUCACACCAUGGGUUCUGUAUGAUGUAACUUCGUUGUCAAUACAUUUUUCAGUUCACAUGGACAAUAAAAAUGCUUUUUGAUC